AUGGAGGAGCUGGAGGAUCUGGUGCACUUCUCCGUGUCCGAGUUGCCUAGUCGCGGCUACGGCGUCAUGGAGGAGAUCCGGCGGCAGGGCAAGCUGUGCGACGUGACGCUCAAGAUUGGGGACCACAAAUUCAGUGCUCACCGGAUCGUCUUAGCAGCCUCCAUCCCGUACUUCCACGCGAUGUUUACAAAUGACAUGAUGGAGUGCAAGCAGGAUGAGAUUGUAAUGCAAGGAAUGGACCCAAGCGCCCUGGAGGCUCUCAUCAACUUUGCCUACAACGGCCACCUUGCCAUUGACCAGCAAAAUGUCCAGUCACUACUGAUGGGGGCGAGCUUCCUGCAGCUGCAGAGCAUCAAAGAUGCCUGCUGCACAUUCCUCCGAGAACGGCUUCACCCCAAAAAUUGCCUGGGUGUGCGCCAGUUUGCUGAGACAAUGAUGUGCGCUGUGCUGUAUGAUGCAGCCAACAGCUUCAUCCACCAGCACUUUGUGGAGGUGUCCAUGUCGGAGGAAUUCCUGGCCCUGCCCUUAGAAGAUGUGCUUGAGCUGGUGUCUCGGGACGAGCUGAAUGUCAAAUCCGAGGAGCAGGUCUUUGAAGCCGCUUUGGCCUGGGUUAGAUACGACCGGGAGCAAAGGGGGUCCUACCUGCCUGAGCUGCUGUCCAAUAUCCGUCUACCCCUCUGCCGGCCCCAGUUCCUGUCAGAUCGGGUGCAGCAGGAUGACCUGGUGCGUUGCUGCCACAAAUGCAGGGACCUGGUAGAUGAAGCAAAGGACUAUCACCUCAUGCCAGAGCGCCGGCCUCAUCUGCCGGCUUUCCGAACUCGGCCUCGCUGCUGCACAUCCAUCACUGGGCUCAUCUAUGCCGUGGGAGGCCUCAACUCAGCAGGUGAUUCCCUGAAUGUGGUGGAAGUGUUCGACCCCAUCGCCAAUCACUGGGAGAAGUGCCAUCCCAUGACGACAGCCCGCAGCCGCGUCGGUGUGGCUGUAGUGAACGGGCUUCUCUAUGCCAUCGGGGGAUACGACGGCCAGCUGCGGCUGAGCACUGUGGAGGUCUAUAACCCAGAGACAGACACAUGGACCCGAGUCGGGAGCAUGAACAGCAAGAGAAGUGCCAUGGGGACGGUCGUGCUGGACGGGCAGAUCUACGUCUGCGGGGGCUAUGAUGGCAACUCUUCUCUCAACUCCGUGGAGACCUACUCACCUGAGACAGACAAGUGGACAGUGGUGACCCCGAUGAGCUCAAAUCGCAGUGCUGCUGGGGUCACAGUCUUUGAGGGCAGGAUAUAUGUGUCUGGCGGCCACGACGGUCUGCAGAUCUUCAACAGUGUGGAGCACUACAAUCACCACACGGCCACCUGGCACCCAGCCGCUGGCAUGCUCAACAAGCGCUGCCGGCACGGAGCUGCCUCUCUGGGCAGCAAGAUGUUUGUCUGCGGGGGCUAUGACGGCUCUGGCUUCCUCAGCAUCGCCGAGAUGUACAGCUCUGUAGCAGACCAGUGGUGCCUGAUCGUCCCCAUGCACACACGCCGGAGUCGCGUCUCCCUGGUGGCCAGCUGUGGGCGCCUCUAUGCUGUGGGGGGCUAUGAUGGACAGUCGAACCUCAGCUCAGUGGAGAUGUACGACCCAGAGACGGACUGUUGGACUUUUAUGGCCCCCAUGGCGUGUCAUGAGGGAGGGGUCGGUGUGGGCUGCAUUCCUCUCCUCACCAUCUAAGGCAGAGGAUGGGAUGUGGUGGGGUAGGGAUCAGGUACAAACACAGGCACUUCCUUCCGGGGACAGUCCCUCUUGGGAGAGGUGGUGGACCAGAAGACAGGGUGAAAUGUGAGCUCGCCAGAGGUACAGUUUUUCCAGGUGCUCAAGUUCUCCCUCACUGUGCUGCUCUUGUGACCGUCAGGUCUAGGUCAUCUAGAUGCACAGCAUGGGACAGAAGCCCCUCUAGGUCCCGCAGCUGGUGACACGUGACUGCUUUGUUGGUCCACACAUACACAGGCUCCAUCGAAGCCCAGCUCCCACCUGCCACAGCUCUGGGCUGCCCUGGCAGAUGGCCUUCCAUCUGACACUCCUCGCCUGCCGUUUUCCAGCCAUGUAGUGGCCAGUCUGUGAUGGGGCAGCUGCAGUGGCCAACCCUGUUGGAAAUGAGUGUGGCUGGGAGAGGAUGACACGCUCCAAGUGUUCUGACUGCCUGCGAUGAUGCGGCCCCAGCAAGGUGCUUGGUUGCACACAAGCUCCUCCUUCCAUCCGAGGGCACAGAGGCGUUGGUCCUCAUUGCUGGAUAAGCAGGGAGAACAGAAUUUUGCUAUGUCUGAUUUUGGGAUUUCAGUGGGGUCUUUUACAUCUUGUUCAGGAGAAACAGAAGAAAAAAAGAUACUUGAAAGAAACUGAGGGAAUUUGAAGAAACACUUGAAAGAAACUGGAAAUAAAUACUUUUUUAAGUAAACAAUUUUUGCAAGAAGAAAACACUUGUAAAAAAAGAUACUAAAGAGAAAUAAUGUGUUUAAAGAGAAAACCACCCAACAUGUAAAGGGCGGUGACCGCGCCCACAUUCGGAUCCUAGGGUCCUGAGGCCUCGCGUAGCACUUGGGGUUCCCUCUGAGCCCUAGCAUGUCUGGAAUCAGCGCACUCCACUGGUCCUGUAGCAAGGUGCUCAUUGGGUUUGUCUUCACACCCAUCAUCAGAGGACUUUUUUAAUCAUAGGCUUAGUGAGUCGGCUGAAUUACUGACGCUCUUCUAGGUGGGAGCUCCCAGCUGGUCGCUGGAGGCUCCAGGUACCCCUGUGGUUACCUCCCACUGCCACCAUGGCUCCCAUUCUGACCCCCCACCCCUAUGUCCCUUCCUUUCUUAUUCUACCAGCAGGAAACAGUAGAUCUGGCCGGACUCUCGCCCAUUUAUCAUUCUUAGAUACCUGUGCUCAUUGUGAUGCUCUUGGGGCUGGCUUGGUCCCUUGUCUAUCCUGCCAGUCCAAUGUCCUCCAUCCACUCGCCAGUUCCAGGGGCCUGGACUCCCUCCAGCCCUUGGCAGGCUGAUCAGCAAGGUGGGCCUUCACAUUCAAGCAAAGCUGGCUUUAUGGUAUAAAGAGCUAAUGGCUGAAGGAAUCUCUUGCUGCUGCAAAGAACAGAUUUUAUAUUUCUUCCUCUGAUCUUAGCAAAUGACCUCUUGCAGACACUCCAUGCUCCUUCAUUCUCCUCCCUGGAUGGGACCUUCACAUAGCACAGCAGGAUCCGAACAGGAGGACACCUGUGCUACCAGUGCACUGGUCAGUGGGGCUGUCCUUCAACUGCUGCUGCCAAAAUCUGGUGUUCGACAGUGCUUCCAGGAAGACUGACGGGACAGUUAUUUUAAUGCAAGACUGGGUCUUAGGGUCUGCGUCUCCACCUGGGUGGUCUCCUGUCUGUUGCUGCCUCUGGUGGCCUGGAAGCCUGUUCAGAAAGGCACAAUGUGGAGCUUGAGACGUCUUCCUCCCUAGGACCAUGAGGUUUACCAGGGUGUGCAAUCGCCAUGUAUCCAGAGGGAAGUACCUUUGUUACCUGCCACUUAGGCGCUGGGCCUCUGUUCCAAGCACUUGAAAAUGAUGUUUUUUUAAAUGACUCAGCAGUCUGAUGGAGUUUAGCCUGAGCUCUGACAUUCCUCACUCCCUCGGUUUGCCUACAGAGGCCGACUUGGAGGAGGCUGGGUCUGUACUUCCUGGUAGAGGAGUGUAUCAGUGCUCAUCUUAUUUUAUUAAGACACUUUCUGUGAAUCUGAAACAGCACUGCCGAUCCUGGAUUGGGAAGGUGUUAAGGAGCAGUAAGUGGGCUAGAGAGAGGUCCUCGCCAGGUCCUCAGGAUGCUGGCCCAGAUUCUGCCAUUGGGGAUGGUAGGUCGUUUCCUGUGAUCUGCUGCUCUGGUCAUGGCCUUCCCAAGUCCACUCUCGCCUCCUGGUGUGAAAGUUACACUGCUGCACCUGAGAGCAUUUCCAAGUAAGGAACCCAGUGCCUGGAUCUGGGUUCUGAGCACAAGUGCAUAAACACCAACGGUUUACCCUCAGUCAGUCCCUCGGGCUGGUGGUGAAUGUUUGCAAAUAGCUGGUCUGGCCCCUUGGUGUUGGCGCCUUUCCAAUAGCACUGUGAAAAGAAGAGACAUCAGUCACCCAAGGAUAUUGUGAAAGGGUUUGACAAGGAGGUAGGACAGGUACUGUGCUCAGUGGGCCCUGGGGUCUAACCCAGCUCUGAGCAGAGGACUGUGACCUUCUCUGUCUUUGGGCAUUUCCCCUUAAACAACACGUGGGUUUUAUCUGAGAUCAAAGCCAAGAUGGGAGCUAAAGACCAGCCUUUUGACUUGGCCACAAAGAUGUGAGUAGGUAGAAAUUCUGCGCCUCCCUACCCCCCCAAUUUAUUUCUCAGAAAAAUCUUAUUUCCUUUUAUUUAUAGAACGCAUGUCUUUUGUGUUAAAAAACCAAAGAGAAAUAAAGAGUACACUUCUAAUAA